CCCUCCCAAACCCCAACCACGUCAUCGAACCGAGCUCGAGGUGUAGACAUGGCGUCUCGAGCUCUCCUCCUUGCCCUCGCGAUCUCGUCUCUCCUCCUGGUUCAUGCCGCCCUCGCCUUCGCACCCAAGGGGCGCGCCGAUCUGGACCACGACGAGGAGGAUCUCAGCUUCCUCGACGAGGAGGACAACGGAGCCGCUGACAGUCACGACGACGGUGGCUUAGGACACUACGCCGACGAGUCCCAUUCGGAGGCCGACAAGGAGCCGGAGUACGCCGACCAGGAUCAGUACGAUGCCUUCGACGAUGCCGACUACGGAUCGCACGACAUGUCGCCCACGAUAGACGAGACGGACGUCGUGGUGCUCACCGACGGCAACUUCAGCGACUUCCUGGCGAAGCACCGCCACGUGAUGGUCGAGUUCUACGCACCGUGGUGCGGGCACUGCCAGGCCCUCGCGCCGGAGUACGCGGCCGCCGCCACCGAGCUCCGCGGGGAGGACGUGGUGCUCGCCAAGGUGGACGCCACGGAGGAGAACGAGCUCGCGCAGCGUUUCGAGCUGCAGGGAUUCCCCACUGUGCUCUUCUUCAUCGACGGCGUCCACAAGGACUAUCCCGGCCAGAGGAGUAGGGAUGCAAUUGUCACCUGGAUCAAGAAAAAGAUAGGACCUGGAGUUCAAAAUAUAACCACAAUUGAGGAGGCAGAAAAGAUCUUGACUUCUGAUAGCAAAGUUGUUUUGGGCUUUCUUGACUCUUUGGUGGGUGAUGAAAGUCAGGAACUUUCCUCAGCUUCAAAACUCGAAGAUGGCAUUAACUUCUACCAAUCUGUCAAUCCUGAUGUUGCAAAGCUUUUUCAUAUUGAUCCCAAUGCUAAACGUCCUUCUUUGGUGUUACUGAAAAAGGAGGCAGAAAAAAUUUCCUACUAUGAUGGUCAAUUCAGUAAGUCAGCAAUUGUUGAUUUUGUGUUUGCUAACAAGCUUCCACUGGUCACUACAUUUACAAUGGAAACUGCCCCAGAAAUAUUUGAAAAUCCUAUUAAAAAACAGCUUUUGCUCUUUGCCAUCUCAAAUGAUACCAAUAAAGUCAUGCCAGCAUUCCAGGAGGCUGCAAAAUUGUUUAAAGGAAAGCUUAUCUUUGUAUAUGUCGAGAUGGACAAGGAGGAUGUCGGUAAACCAGUUUCAGAUUACUUUGGAGUGACUGGAGAUGGUCCUCAGGUUUUGGCAUACUUGGGAAAUGAGGAUGCCAAGAAAUUUUUUCUUGAUGGUGAAGUCACACUUGAUAAUGUUAAGAGUUUUGCUGAGGGUUUCCUGGAUGAUAAGCUUAAGCCCUUCUAUAAAUCAGAUCCGAUACCUGAGACAAAUGAUGGGGAUGUGAAAAUUGUUGUUGGUAAGAAUUUUGAUGAAAUUGUCCUGGAUGAGUCCAAGGAUGUUCUUCUUGAGAUAUAUGCACCAUGGUGUGGGCAUUGCCAAGCACUAGAACCAACAUAUAACAAGCUUGCCAAGCAUCUACGGGGCAUUGAGUCUCUAGUUAUUGCAAAAAUGGAUGGCACCACAAAUGAGCACCCUCGGGCCAAGACUGAUGGCUUCCCUACACUUCUCUUCUUUCCAGCUGGGAACAAAAGCUUUGAUCCGAUCACAGUGGAUACUGACAGAACAGUGAAGGCAUUCUAUAUAUUCAUCAAGCAACAUGCAGCAAUCCCUUUCAAGCUCCAGAAGCCGGCAGCAGCCGCAAAAUCUGAGACCACCACGGACGGAUUGGCUUCCUUCGUCGGUGAGAAGAGUGCGACCCCGGACGUGAAAGAUGAAUUGUAAGUCUUUCAAGGAGCACAAAAUCUAGAAUUGCUUUUUUGGCAUGUGGAGGUUUUAGUUUUAUUAGCUUUGAGCAAUAGAUGUCCCUGUAGAAUUAAGACUUAAAUUACAAGAAUAAUGGACUGCUGAUGCCCCCUUUCUCUUGUGGAAUAGAAUGGUUCACUAGAAUUAACGUGCUUUUCUUAAGCAUGAAAAAUGACCAACAUCUUUUCUGC